UGGAGGGAGGGUGCUAAAAAUGAACUGUGAGAGGGCAGCGGCCAGUUGGGACGCGUCUUUGGAGAGAGAGGAACAGGAGAGGAAUCACCGCGACUUCACGAUUCAAUCCCUCUCCAGAGGGCUUCCUCAGAUUUGCCACAGAUUUGCAUCGCGUCUCUGUGGUUCGGUUGACCGCCACCGGUCGCUUUCUUACCGUCCAUCCAAUGUGCGUAAAGGGGCUCUAUGUGUUCACCGUCCUGUCUGGACUCGCAGCGUCAGGCAUGCUGCAGGUCAGCGGGAUGCGUAUAUACACAUCUGAGGAGGUUGAGGCGGUCAACGGGACAGACGUUCGUUUGAAGUGCACCUUCGAGAGCUCGUCUCCCAUCACACCCGAUGAUGUCGUCAUCACGUGGACCUUCAGGCCACUUAAGGGGGGCCCAAGGCAAUCGGUAUUUUACUACCAAAGGAAACCAUUUCUUCCACAAGAAGGACUCUUCAGAAAGCGCAUUUCCUGGGCUGGUGACAUCAUGGGCAGCGAUGCCUCCAUCAUAAUUCGAGAGGUCAAGUUCACCUACAACGGCACUUACAUCUGCCAAGUAAAGAACCCACCCGAUGUCCACGGCCCAGAUGGAGAAAUUAAACUGAGAGUAGUUGAAACAGCCUCUUUCUCUGGACUUCUCCUACUGGCAUUUGCCAUCGCAGCUGCCAUCUCCGGCAUAGUCAUCCUCCUCCUCAUCAUCGCAUCCUGCAGGAGAUGCAAGAGGAGGAGACAAAGGGAGCUGGAAGGGAAUGAGGAGGCCCCGCGCAAAGAGCGAAAAGACCCCACCGCGUGCCACCCAUCGAGGGCCGUCCACCUCUACUUAUCAGAGACCUCCAUAGAGAUUGACAGUUCAGACGGCAUGAUCUCAGAUCCCAGCACCGGAGACUCGAGCUCCUCUGAGGAAGAAGGCCCGAGCUCAGAUGACGAUAAUGGCGGUGACGACUCAGAUUGAGGAGGAGAAGCUGAAGCGGAGCCAGCCAGGAAGCUCAACGGAGGGAUACCAGAUGAUACCUGCGGACCUCACCAUCGGGCCCAGCGGGGGUCAGAUUAAAAAAGUGCUGCUGCUGAGGUUGAAUUGUGCAGUCUGUACAAAUCUGUGAGGAAAACUGAAAGUUUGAAAACUUUCCAAGCAAGCACAGAGAGGUUAGAACAAGGCUUCUGCUGAAUGAGCACAGAACAAAAGUAGAAUUGUUUUACUUGACGGAGUCCGGAAAUAUUCAUAUGCGGGGAGAAAUAUGUGAGUAAAAGUGCAGGGUUUGUGGAAGUAACCCUGAACUUGUCUUGGCUACUGUCCUGAAGGGAAGAGGGGACAAUUCUUAAUCAAUAGCUGUCUCCUGGGUGACACGUGGAUCUUGUUACGUGUAGGAAGUCAAUACCAAAAUCAGCUGCACCAAGCAAUCGAUUUCCCUAAAGACAUUGGCGUGAACUGUAUUUAGACAGAAAGAGAAGGACACCACUGCUGAUGAUCAGCCAUAUAUGCAGAUCUUUAUUGCACUGAGGCUGUUUUUUCUUUCAUCGUCUUAAUGGAGAGUAUCUCUGGUACCUGUGGGCUAAUCUUUCACACAGUGGCUUUGUUUUACAGUUAAAUGUCAUUAAAGAUAAUGUACAGGAGGUCUUCCAUUUCAGUCGGUUAUGCACACCAUCGUGACGCCAGCCUGCGAGUACUGGUCAGGAGUAGCUUUAUCCUACUCGAGUACACAGAGAUGCGUACAAUGUGUCAUAUCAAAUGGAGAAACAAAGCAUAAAUAUUGCUGCCAUUAUUUCUCAAGGCCAAAUAUCUGAUUCAUGAGCAAGCAGCUUCGCAUGCACCUGCCCUGAGUGUUGUGUGGGAGCGCACAGUCAGAUCUGAAAACCCUUUUGAUUUGAAAAUGAGAGCCUGUUUUUCCCCCUCCAUGCGCCUGUGAAUGCAUCGUGUCUACUAACAAAUGAAUUUGCUGCCUGUCUUUCAUCCUUGUGUGACAGACUUUUUACUUCUAUUUGAAUAUUGAGCACUAUGUUUAUAGAUUUUUAUUUUCUUCUUUUGUAGAUAAAGCCAGAAAUAUUUUUAUCAUGUUGUUUUAAAAAAAAGUGUCAUUCUAUGUAUUUGUUAUAGAGCUUUUCUAAAGAAAAUA